GCUCUCCGCAGUCCCGCGCUUCUCCGCACAGCAGCCCCGCAUCUCGGCUCAGCACCCGUCAGCUGUCGAGAUGGGGGAAUCAAAUGAAGACAUAGACCAGAUGUUCAGCACUUUGCUGGGGGAGAUGGAUCUCUUGACCCAGAGUCUAGGAGUGGACACACUUCCUCCUCCAGAGCCCAAGCCACCCCGAGAAGAGUUUAACUACAGUGUGGGCUUUAAGGAUUUGAAUGAGUCCUUAAAUGCACUGGAUAACCAAGAUUUAGAUGCCCUCAUGGCAGAUCUGGUAGCAGAUAUCAGUGAAGCUGAGCAGAGAACCAUCCAGGCUCAGAAAGAAUCCUCUCAGAAUCAACAUCCCUCAGCACUUCCGGAGGCAUCAGAGGGCCGGGGUGCGGUCUCACUUGGUUAUGGAGCAAGUGCUGCUGCAGUUGGUGUUAGCCACUAUGAGGAGGCUUUGCCACCUCCGCCACCAGAUCCCAUGUUAGACCUUCCGCCUCCUCCACCCCCUCCUGAACCUCUCUCUAAAGAAGAAGAAGAAGCUCAAGCAAAGGCUGAUAAAAUUAAAUUAGCACUGGCAAAGCUGAAGGAAGCCAAGGUUAAGAAGCUUGUGGUUAAGGUGCACAUGAAUGACAACAGCACCAAGUCACUGAUGGUGGAUGAGCGACAGUUGGCUCGGGAUGUCCUGGACAACCUCUUUGAAAAAACCCACUGUGACUGCAAUGUGGACUGGUGUCUUUAUGAAAUAUAUCCUGAAUUGCAAAUUGAGAGAAUUUUUGAAGACCAUGAAAAUGUUGUUGAAGUCUUAUCAGACUGGACAAGAGACACAGAAAACAAAGUACUGUUUUUAGAGAAAGAGGAAAAGUAUGCUGUGUUUAAAAAUCCUCAGAAUUUCUACUUGGAUAAUAAGGGGAAAAAAGAAAACAAGGAAACCACUGAGAGAAUGAACGCUCAGAACAAAGAGUCCUUACUUGAGGAAAGUUUCUGUGGCACAUCCAUCAUCGUACCAGAACUUGAAGGAGCUCUUUAUUUGAAAGAAGAUGGAAAGAAAUCCUGGAAACGGCGCUACUUUCUUCUGAGAGCUUCUGGAAUUUAUUACGUUCCCAAAGGAAAGACAAAGACAUCCCGAGAUUUGGCGUGUUUUAUACAGUUUGCAAAUGUUAACAUCUACUAUGGGGUUCAGUGUAAAAUGAAAUACAAAGCACCCACAGACCACUGCUUUGUUUUAAAGCACCCUCAAAUUCAGAAGGAAUCUCAGUACAUCAAGUAUCUCUGCUGUGAUGAUGCAAGAACGCUCGCACAGUGGAUUAUGGGAAUAAGGAUUGCCAAGUAUGGAAAGACCCUCUAUGACAACUAUCAGCGGGCUGUGGCAAGAGCUGGCCUCGCCUCUCGGUGGACGAACCUGGGGACUGUCAGUACAGCAACACCAGCUCAGCAGCCUUCCACAGGACUUAAAACAGGCAGCAGCCAGCCCAAUGGCCAGAUGCCCACGGCUGCACCUUCAGUGGGUGUGAUUCUCCAAGAGGCCCAGAUACAAGUUGAAACAACUAAGGAUGACACGCGAAGAUUGGGUAACCACUACCCAGGAGCUGCCAGGGAGAACCAUCACCCUAAAUCCAGCCUGCCACCGCCCCAGCCUCCACUAAGACGAUCUUCUGACACCUGUGGCAGCCCCGCCUUGCCACCCAAGGCCAAGGGCCCAGGCAGCUGCACUUUUCCCGCCCACCCAGAGGACCCUCCUGCCGCCACCCCCCCCCCCACCCGCCCGAGGAGGACUGUGACAGCGAGCUACCCCCACCCACCGCCGGGUUUGCUGGAGGAGCCACCUGACUUCCUGCCACCGCCCCCACCCCCACCCCCUGCAGCUGUUGAAGGCUCCGCAUUACCACCCCCGCCCCCACCCCCACCCGGUCUCUCCCAGGAGAAGACCAAGUCAUGUCCAAUGCCCCCCAAAAGGCCCCCAGUGCCCCCCAAGAGGCAAGAGAACCAAGGACUCCCCGGUGCACCAAAGAGCAGCGAGCAAGAUUUCAUGUCAGACCUCAUGAAAGCGUUGCAAAAGAAAAGAGGCAAUGUCUCUUAGGGACAUCUCUAACAGAUGAUUUCUAAUUAGAUCCAUGUUUGAGUACUCUAUUGUUGUGGCAUCUUGUUCAUUUUAGUAAAAUGUUUUCUGACCAGAAAUGACGUAAAACUCUUCACUGCUGUGCACACUGUGUUCAUACCUAUAAGCUAGCAGAAUUCAAGGUUUCUAACUACAUACGUCUAUGCAUACACACAUGCACAUCCUGUGUGUUUUC